CUUACUCGAGCUUUUACUAAUCAACCAAUGGAGUCCUCCUCGUCUUCUUCCUCGACCGAUCGAGUCUCGUGGCGAACUUCUGUUCUAUCCAGACAUCUUCAGCAACUGACAGAUUCCCCUUUUCAAUCUCUCGAGUCAUCUGUCUGUCUGCAAUACUCUCCUCCCGAACUUUCAGAGAAGUUUGAAUUUGAUGUCAGAGAGAUGCGUAGAUUAAUGGACGGUCACAAUUUUGAAGAUCGAGAUUGGUUAUUUGGAAUAAUAAUGCAAAGCAAUCUCUUUUGCCCCAGAAAUUCUGGCGGCAAGGUUUUAGUUUCUCCGGAUUAUAACCAGUCGAUGGAGCAGCAGAGGGAGAUGACUAUGAAGAGAAUUGCGUUUCUUUUGGAUCUAGGAGUUUUCAAGGGCUGGUUGACUGAUAGAAGUCCUGAAGGGGAGUUGCGGAAGUUGGCUUUGUUGGACGUUGUGGGUAUCUACGAUCACUCACUUGCUAUUAAGCUCGGCGUUCAUUUUUUCCUUUGGGGUGGUGCCAUCCAAUUUUUUGGGACAAAGCGACAUCAUGAGAAGUGGUUGAAGGACACUGAGGAUUAUCUGAUUAAGGGUUGCUUUGCAAUGACUGAACUAGGACAUGGAAGUAAUGUUCGAGGUAUUGAAACAAUCACCACGUAUGACUCAAACACUGGAGAGUUUGUCAUUAACACCCCUUGUGAAUCAGCUCAGAAGUACUGGAUUGGUGGAGCUGCUAAUCAUGCCACACAUACGAUAGUUUUUUCUCAGCUCAAUAUAAAUGGGAGUAAUCAGGGGGUCCAUGCAUUCAUAGCCCAGAUCAGAGAUUUAGAUGGAAAUAUAUGUCCAAACAUCCGCAUAGCUGAUUGUGGUCAUAAAAUUGGUCUGAAUGGUGUAGAUAAUGGUCGAAUCUGGUUUGACAAUGUACGGAUCCCUCGAGAGAACUUGCUGAAUUCGGUUGCUGAUGUAUCACCAGACGGGCAAUAUCAGAGUGCUAUAAAAGACCCAGAUCAGAGAUUUGCAGCAUUCCUAGCCCCAUUGACGUCAGGUCGGGUGACCAUUGCUGUCAGUGCAGUUUACACAUCCAAGAUUAGCUUAGCUAUUGCCAUAAGGUAUGCACUGACAAGGCGGGCCUUCUCUGUUUCACCAAGUGGACCUGAAAUCCUAGUGCUUGAUUACCCGAGUCAUCAACAACGACUCUUACCUCUUCUUGCAAAGACUUAUGCUAUGAGUUUUGCGGGAAAUUACUUGAAACGGAUUUAUGUGACUAGGACCCCUGAGACAAACAAAACCCUCCACAUUGUUUCCAGUGCAUUCAAGGCUAUGUUCUCCUGGCAUAACAUGAGGACGCUUCAGGAAUGCCGUGAGGCUUGUGGGGGGCAAGGUCUAAAGACAGAAAACCGUGUUGGUCAUCUGAAAGGUGAAUUUGAUGUGCAGACCACCUUUGAGGGAGACAAUAAUGUUUUGAUGCAGCAGGUCAGCAAGGCACUUCUUGCAGAAUAUGUAUCAGCUCAGAAAAGGAAAAAACCAAUCAAAGGGUUGGGAUUGGAACAUAUGAAUGAUCCUUCCCCUGUAAUUCCAGCUCAACUUUCGAGCUCUGUCCUCAGAAGCGCCAAGUUCCAGAUGGAUAUCUUUUGCUUGAGAGAACGAGAUUUAUUGAAGCGUUUCGCAGCUGAUGUAUCACAGCAUCAAGCACAAGGAGAAAGCCAAUCUUAUGCAUUCAUCCUGAGUUACCAACUUGCAGAAGACUUGGCUAGAGCAUACGCAGAACGUGCGGUGCUACGGACCUUUUUUGAGUCUGAGACAGGCCUUUCAGCUGGUCCACUUAAGAAUGUGCUGGGUCUACUGAGGUCCAUGUAUGUUAUGAUUUGUCUGGAAGAGGAUGCAUCGUUCCUUCGAUAUGGGUACCUGUCCACAGAGAAUGCUGCUGCAGUGAGGAAAGAAGUUAUGAAGCUCUGUAGUGAACUGAGACCUCAUGCACUUUCCUUGGUGAGUUCCUUUGGCAUUCCUGACGCUUUCCUCGGCCCCAUAGCUUUCAACUGGGUGGAAGCAAAUUCGUGGUCUUCAGUUCAUCAAUAGUUUUGUACUCAUGUUCUGUCUUACUAUUACUCCAAGCAAAGAGAUGACAGCAAAUGAAUGAUUGCUUGGGAGAUUGAUGCUAUCUCAAUAAGGUAAUUUCAUUUGGAUUCCCACUACAAAUGUUGGAGAUCAAUUCAUAUGCAACCAGAUGCAUAUUAAUAAAUAUUGUAGAAGUCUGAUUUAUUAAUCUCUGUA